ACUACCGGUGGACAAUCUUAUGGAGGGACGACUGGAAAUGGUGGCGGUAAUGUUGGAGGAGGAACAAGUGGUUGUGGAUCAGGUGGAUGUUCAGCAGGAGGUACUGGGGGAACAACAGGAGGAAGUAAUUAUGGAGGAGGUGAAAGUUCUGGAGGAACAGUUUCUGGGAGUGGAUUGGGUGGAAGCACUGGAGGUACAGGAGGGGGUGAAACUGGAGGGACCACUGGGGGAGAAGAAGGCACAGGAGGAACAAAUGGGGGAAGUAGUGGGGGAUCUGAAGGUGGUUAUAGUGGCAGUACAGGAGGUACGGGAACAGACACAGCAAGUGGCAGUUUGGGCACUGGAGGAUCUCCAACCAGUGGCAGCAGUUAUGGUAGUGGACAAACGGGAAGUUAGAAACGAUUUUUCCACACAAGUAGCUGCUGGAGAAAGCAAGCAAUGUUGUUCCUGCGGCAAUUCAGGUGGUUGUUAUCAAACUAGCCCUCAACAGACCUCUGCUGGAGGUAGUGUUGCUGUCCAACCAGUUGCUGUUCAACCAACAGGAACUGCCCAAGCCAGUGGUCAACCCCAAAAAGGUUAUGGAGAUGUUCGAAAAAAGAAAUUUUCUUCAAGGCACAGACAACGCCAGAUCUUUGGAAGAGGGACCAUGGUAAAUCACAUGGCGAUGCUUAGUCAAUUACAACCAAUUCCACCAGUGAAAAGAGAGAAGAAUCCUCCAAAACCCUUUUCUCUUUUUAAUAAAUCUCCCGUUGAUGCAAUGAAAUCAAAAGGGCAAUCUUUUGAAAAUAGAGCAGCAAAAUUGAAGAAAAUUUAA